CGUAUAUGUGACGUACAUGUGACGUACGAGGAAGAGGAAGCUCGGACCACAACAAAGCACCGUUAAGCAGACUCCCGUCAGCAGGGUUCCCGGGAGGAGAGCUGUAGUUCGGGGAUUCGGUCCAAAAGUACCGGCAAGGUUCCGUGAAGGACGGCGUGUUGAAGGCUGCCGCCAUGUCGUCCGGUCCGCCUCAGUCUCCGGCCGUAGCAAAGACGGAGGUGGCGGUGGAGGGCGACUGCCCGCUGCUGGCGGCCACCUUCGCCUACUGGGAUAACAUCCUGGGUCCGCGCGUACGCCACAUCUGGGCUCCCCGGGGGGAGCAGCUGAUGUACCUGAGCGACGGCGAGGUCACCUUCCUGGCCAAUCACACGCUCAACGGAGAGAUCCUGCGCAGCGCCGAGUGCGGCGCCGUGGACGUGAAGUUCUUCGUGCUGGCAGAGAAGGGCGUCAUCAUCGUGUCGCUGAUCUUCGACGGCGAGCUGAAGGGCGAUAAGAACACGUGCGCCCUGUCCAUCAUCCUGCCGCAGACGGAGCUGGCCUUCUACCUGCCGCUGCACGCCGUCUGCGUGGAGCGGCUGAAGCACGUCAUCCGCAGGGGCCGCAUCUGGAUGCAGAAGGGCUACAACAUCAUCUCCGUGCUGAGCUUGGAGAUCGCGCCCAUCAUGGAGCUGCUGGCCUCCAUGAAGUCCCACAGCGUGCCUGAAGACGUAGACAUUAAAGACACGGUGCUAAAUGAUGAUGACAUCGGGGACAGCUGCCACGAGGGCUUCCUCCACAAAGCCAUCAGCUCUCAUCUACAGACGUGCGGCUGCUCCAUCGUGGUCGGAAGCAACCCGGAGAAAAUAAACAAGAUCGUCCGCACGCUCUGCCUCUUCCUCACGCCGGCUGAGAGGAAGAGCUCUCGCCUCUGCAGGGCCGGCUCCUCCUUCAAAUACGACAGCGGCCUGUUUGUUCAGGGCCUCCUGAAGGACUCCACAGGCAGCUUCGUGCUGCCGUUCCGCCAGGUUCUCUACUCUCCCUACCCGACCACGCACAUCGACGUGGACAUCAACACGGUGAAGCAGAUGCCACCGUGCCACGAGCACACCUACAACCAGCGCCGCUACAUGCGCUCCGAGCUGAACGCGCUCUGGAAGACGGACAGCGAGGAGGACAUUCCCCCGGAGACGGUCAUCCACACCGACGAGACCUUCACCCCCGACCUGAAUAUAUUCCAGGACGUGAUGCACCAGGACACGCUGGUCAAAUCCUUCAUAGACGAGGUGUUCAUGCUGAAGCCGGGUCUGUCCCUGAGGAGCACCUACCUGGCCCAGUUCCUGCUGCUGCUCCACAGGAAGGCGCUCACGCUGCUGAAGUACAUCGAGGACGAAACGCAGAAGGGGAAGAAGCCGUUCCGGUCCCUCCGGAACCUGAAGGCGGACCUGGACCUGCGGGUGGAGGGAGACCUGAACAUCAUCAUGGCGUUGGCGGAGAAGCUGAGGGCGGGGCUCCACUCCUUCGUGUUCGGCAAGCCGUUCUACACCAGCGUGCAGGAGCGCGACGUUCUCAUGAGCUUCUGAUUCUGCAGGUUCCUGCGUUCUGAUCUUCAUGAACUCUUUAACAUUUUACAAUCACGAAUGAUUUAAUGUUAAAUUCUGAACCCUGUAAUGAAUAAAGUGGAAUAAAGCGGCAGCAGAUGUGCAUUAGGCGCUCCCUGAUUGGCUCCUGAGGCUCAGGCUGCUCGCCGACGUUCAUCAGAUGCUUUAAAUCUACAAGCUGUGUGAAACAUUUCAGGAGAACCAAACUCUGUAAUAAAUAAAUAAAUAACUAAAAGUGGCUGAAAUGCGCUGCUGAA